AUGACCGGCAAGUCCAAGCUGACCAGACCACCUCCCUUGGACAUCGAUGAAGACCCGGCGGCGACUUUGACCAACUCGGCACAGCCCCGACAGGCCGGAAAAGGCAUCGAGUACAUCCCUCCCUCUUUGGAAAGCGCCGCCGACAAUGAAUCCCGCAAAGACGGCGUAGGCGUCGUAGACCACCUUCGUCGAGCGUUUUCGCUGCACAAGUAUCGAGGCCCGAGCAGAAAGCCAGGCGGAGGGGGUAUGAAGAGGAAUCAGAGCGAUACGAGGUUUCAUACCAAAGUCAGCGAGGGAGGAGGCCUCAAUGCUACCAAGAAGCUAUGGAGCUAUCCAACGUUCUCUAUGAGGGAUAAGAGGCGGAAGGAGAUCAGCUUUGAGAUGAUCUUGAAAGAAGAGAUACCUGCGCCUCAACCUCAUCCCAGUCCGAGUAGCUCCAAAGGCUUUCACCGUCCUCUUCCUCGACUUGGCUGCCACUCGAAAUCACCCACCGCCCUCGAACGAGACGCCGACCCCACAUGGCCGCCUCUACUGCCUAAACCUCCUGCCCCGGCACAUCCGCCCAAGUCGACCAUCACCUCUGCUCAGCUCGCCAGCUUUCGUAAAGUGUCGGCGCCAAUACUUCGAAAACGACCCCUCCCUCAACCCCCGGCUCCCUUCACGGACACGGGCCACUCGUCCUUCUAUCACACUCAGGACGGCAGUAUCCGUCACGCGCCAGCAACUAUCAGGCUCGUCACUCGGCCUUCGGCCCCACCUUCUCCUGUCCCAAAGCCCUUUGGACCGAGCGCUAACUUCACCACCAGCACCCCCUUGGCCAGAAGGGUCCACUCGGCGUCGGAUGUCAUCGGGGGGAAAGUUACUAGAAGACCGACUGCGAGCUUGAUGCCAAGGAAACCAGUACCUCGCUUUUUGGAUGUACCAUUUGAAGGGGAUGACGGCCAUAUCUCGGGAGUGACAGCUUUCACAAGAUCUCCACCAGCAUCGACUCCGAAGCCUACAAGGACUGCUACAGAAUUCAGAAGUCCACACCUCCCAACGCCACCCACUCCAAAGUACGACGUCUAUGUCGAUCCUUUUGCCCCGACCCCAUCAAGACGACCACCCGAUACCUACGACGACUCUUACGAGCACUAUCAGAAUACUCUGUUUGCAGAUGUCCUCAACACCUGGGGUCUCCCCCUUGAUCUUUUGGCGCAAUCCGUAUCGCGCUCGAGGAGGGAAUCCCUGAUCGAAGCUAGCAAGUCCAGCCACGGCAGUCGACCAAGUCGAUCAAGUCGCCCUACCGACCUUCAAAUCUAUAGCAAGCCAUCCAUCAUGUCAUUCCCUGCCGUCCCAACCCACCCCAGGCUUCAAAACCACAAGCCGUCCCCUCUAGGAGAGCGUCGAAUCUUGGAAAACCAGGUGACGUUCCAAAGUGAACCCAGGAGAAAGCAUGGGACGGUGAAGAAGUUUGUUUCGAUGGAUGAACGGAGGUUGAGGCAGCCUGUUGGUCGGGUGAAGGACAUUGUGGAUAUCAUUGAAGACCGGCAAGGUGACAGGACUAUCACUCCGGUUAGAGAAUUGGGAUGGAUCCUCCAUCGGCCAUCGUCCGUUUCUUCUGAUAAUCUUCACUCGGAGAGUAAACGUCUGAUGAACGAAGCAAGGAGUAAAGCCCGCCCUCCAAGGUGGAUCUAG